AUGCCACUGAUGAGGAUCCGCAGUGUCGAAAUCAUAUUCGAAGACGACAUGUCCACUUGCAUGGACACAGCGAUCCUGGAUCGCAGUACGGAAUUGCUCCUGUCAGACAGCAGCGACGAUUCCACCAAAUGCGUUGACGACUUGGAACACCUGCAAGGAGACAAGGAUGAGAACGAUUACUCGGUGACUUUGAACGCAGAAGGUGAUUUAUCAGACGACACAUCCGCAUCAUCAAGGGGCAAUAUUUUGAGUGAUGACAAUCCUAAAAAUAAAACGCUGCAAAAACAGCCAGUGGAUAAUCGUAGUGAUCUAACUGAGCGUCCAAACUCAAAGAGCAUGUCGGCGAAUGAAGAGAACACGGUAUCACUUAACGUAUCCGAGAUAGCUGAUUCCGGCCACUUUACAGAAGACCCAUGUUCAUCCCACAUCGAAAUCGCCCCCAUUGUACUGUACGACGAUGCUUUGCUUUCAAAUUCAUUCGACGUCAUCAACAUCGACGAAACAUCCACAGUGCUCAGCACAUAUGAGCCCUCCGAAGUCUGCAGCAUUACGGACAUGGGCAAAUCCAAGUUAUUAUAUGAAUACAUUGAAAGCAAUAGUGAUAGUUCCGAUAACACAGCUAUAUGUGAUGAUGAAAAUGCUGAAGUGAAAAUUUUAACAUCCAUUCAAAGUGCUAUGGUCUCUGAUGAGGAAGACACCGUGUGCGACAGUUAUGAUCUCCAGUAUGAUUCUUUUGUUGACAUGGGUAAAUUU